CCUUAUUUAAAUCCUAGUUUUGUCAGAAUGAUUUGAAAAGAAUGUUCACUGGACAGUAGCCGUUUUUUUUUUUUCAAGGCUGUUUUCUGUAAUUUUUUUUCAGACUCAGAUCACACACUCAAAAUUAUUUUUUAUGAUAGUGUCAUCCAGUGUGUGUGCUCUGGCAAAACCCGUGGCCUGCAAUAUACAUCGUCUAUGCGCAGAAAAAAAUGAUCACUUUUUAUAUUUGACAGCAUAUUAAUCGAAUAUUCGAGAGCAUAACAAACAAAAAAGCAAUAAAAAAUGGGAAAAACCUCUGAUCUCCAAAACAAACAGGUUGCCUCGCGCCUAGCGCUCCGCCCGCCGAGAUCCCACGUCUGCAGCUGGAAUCCCUUGGCGGAAAGGCUCGCGCAGUCUCGAGGCGUUCAGUCUUUAAACCAGUGAGGAGCUUGGCAGUGAGGCAAUAACGUCAUGCUUUGAGGGGCGGUACUCUGAGCUGGAGGUGUUUUCCAGCUUUAAAAAGGAAGCCGUCUGCUCUCCUGACAAGCUCUGCGUCACGUAGAGUCUCUGGAAAUCUCGAGCACUAUAUCGCCCGGGACAGCAAAACACAGUAAACCAUUCCCUGUCUGAAAGAAAAAGGGACAGCCAUUCUGUAUUUUACAUAACUUAACUUAAGAAGCCGUGCAAAGGUCCCUCGUGUUCACAUUUAAUAUCUUUUUCGUUGCCUUUUGGAUUUAAUGCGUAAAUAGACCGCUUCCAGUAAGAGUUGGGAUUUUCUCUUUUAUUUUAGAUAUUUACAUUGUGUUUAUCCCUGCAUAACCGAUGUUUUGGGUUUUUAUUUUUUUAUUUUUAUAAUAUCAUCAAUGUUUUCGUUUCUUUUUUUCCAUUUCUUUUUAUUUAUUAAUGUUUUUACAAGUGAGUAGCAUGCUUUGAAAAUACUAUUAUUUGGUAAAUUAUCAUCGUCACCAUACCAAGAGUAAACCUGCUACAAGUUGGAUGCAGAACAGCUGCCUGCAAGUCUUUUCAAAGUUCAACUUCGGAUCGCUCGUCCCUUCAGCCGGAGGAAAAGAAACGGGACUGCAUUUGAUCGCGCCUCUCGCCACCAACAUGAAAUCUGCUGAGGAAGAUGCAUAUAGCUACACACCCAAUGUCACCCUCUCUCUGCCGAUCAGCAUGGGAAACCCCUGUCUGUCCACGCAGUACCACAACCUGCAGUCCAGCUCCAUCAUCCCUGUGUCCUCCUGUCACCAGGAUGGCUACAGUCUCCACGACAACAGCGGGGCCUCCGGUUACUACCUGACCCCUAACCUCCGUCCGAACGGGGCCCCGGCCCUGGAGAGCCCACGGAUCGAGAUCACGGCCUACGGCCAGUUCCCCGAGGACGAGAUGGAGGAGAGCACCCUCCCCAUCGCCAAGCGGGUCAACUCCAUCGUCACGCUCACGCUGCCCAACGCCGACGGCUACCGCGACCCCAGCUGCCUGAGCCCCGCCAGCAGCCUGUCCUCGCGCAGCUGCAACUCGGAGGCCUCGUCCUACGAGUCGGGCUACUCCUACAACUACGACAACUCGCCCCAGAACUCGCCCUGGCAGUCGCCCUGCGUCUCUCCCAAGGGCUCCUCCUCCCUCCACUCCUGCACCCACGCCGGCUCCCCCCGUCACUCCCCCUCCACCUCCCCCCGCACCAGCGUCGCCGAGGAGAACUGGCCGGCCCCCCCGCGCGGCUCCCGGCCCAGCUCCCCCUGCAACGGGAAGAGGAAGUACAGCUUCAACGGCGCCCCCUGCAGGCACCCCUCGUACUCGCCCGGCCACUCGCCCACCGCCUCCCCCCAGGGCUCCCCCAGGGUCAGCGUGCCAGACGAGUCCUGGCUGGCCAACACCAACCAGUACACCAACUCGGCCAUCGUGGCCGCCAUCAACGCCCUCACCACCGACGGCAUAGUGGACCUCGGCGACAGCGUGCCGGUGAAGUCCCGUAAGACCAGCCUGGAGCACAGCCCCGCCAUGAGCCUGAAGGUGGAGCCGGGCCAGGAGGAGCCCGGCCCAGGGGAGGCGGGGCAGGAUGACUACCCCGCCCACCGCCUGCCUUUCAAGAAGGAGAAUUACUGCGGGGGGUUCCUGGAUGUCCCGCAGCACCCCUACCCUUGGUCCAAACCAAAGCCUUACAUCAGCCCCUCCUUGCCUGCUCUUGAUUGGCAGCUGCCAUCCUGCUCCGGCCCGUACAGCCUUCAGAUUGAGGUGCAGCCCAAAUCCCAUCACCGUGCCCACUACGAGACAGAGGGCAGCCGGGGGGCAGUCAAGGCCUUGUCUGGAGGACAUCCCGUGGUGCAGCUGUAUGGCUACAUGGAGAGCGAGCCCCUCACCCUGCAGCUGUUCAUCGGGACCGCAGACGACCGCCUGCUGCGACCGCACGCCUUCUACCAGGUCCACCGCAUCACCGGCAAGACCGUUUCCACAGCCAGCCAUGAGAUCAUGCAGUCCAACACCAAGGUGCUGGAGAUCCCUUUGCUGCCAGAGAACAAUAUGCGGGCCAUAAUCGACUGCGCGGGGAUCCUGAAGCUGCGCAACUCCGACAUCGAGCUGCGGAAGGGCGAGACGGACAUUGGCCGCAAGAACACUCGAGUGAGGAUGGUCUUCCGCGUUCACAUCAACCAGCCCAACGGUCGGACCGUGUCACUGCAGGCAGCGUCCAAUCCCAUCGAGUGCUCCCAGCGAUCAGCCCAGGAGCUGCCACUGGUGGAGAAGCAGAGCGUGGACAGCUGCCCGGCCACAGGGGGCAAGACCAUGGUCCUGAGCGGGCACAACUUCCUGCCCGACUCCAAGGUGGUGUUUGUGGAGAAGGCCCAAGAUGGUCACCACCUAUGGGAGACUGAGGCCAAAGUUGACAAGGACUCCUUCAAGUCUACUACUCUGUUGGUUGACAUCCCUCCAUAUCGGAACCAGAGGAUAUCCAACCCUGUUCAGGUGAACUUCUAUGUCUGCAACGGCAAGAGGAAGAGGAGCCAGUACCAGCGCUUCACGUACCUGUCCCCAAAUGUUCCCAUAAUAAAAACAGAACCCAAUGAUGACUAUGAACCGCAGGGGGCUGCUAGGCUGGCCAUGCGUUCGAAGGCCUACUACGGCCAGCUGGGGGUGACUCCGGCCAUGCCUGCGGACCCUGGGCACUGUCUGGUCGGGGGCUACACAUCCUCGCCCACCAGUUCCAGCCCCAAACUUCACGACCUGUCCCCCGCUGCCUACCCCAAGUGCCUCUCUGGCGGUCACCCCGCCGUCCCGGGCGUGCCCGCCAUCCAGGAGACACCCGGCCGCCCAAUGGGGGUGCACCCCGGCUCGCCUGACCACGCCCCCCUGGUCAUGCUGCAGCCCCAGGUGGCCCCCCACCUGAGUAGCCCCGGAACCGGCAGUUGUUCCCAUGGCUACCGGCCACCCGCUGUCUACCCCAACGGCAGCCCCGCCUCUUCCCCGGUGUCCCACCCCUCCACCCCCGGGGCGGGGCCCGAGACGCCGUUCGCCCCUGCCUACAGCCCCCCGCAGGCCCCACCCACUGCCUCGCCCCACCUGAGGAGCAGCCCGCCCGCCCUGCUGAGGGAGGACAGCAGCCCGCCCGCGCUGGCCGUCACUGUCAAGCAGGAGCCACAGGAGCUGGACCAGAUGUAUUUAGACGAUGUUAAUGAAAUAAUACGCAACGACCUCUCCAGCAUUUCAGUCCACAGCCACGCCUAGAUGUUCAAGACCCGGCAAUUGUAAUCGUCGAAUGCCCGCUCAACGGAGCACAGGAAGAGAAGGGGACGGAACGGAUCCAUGACAAUGCAUUCGUGCUAUGACAGUGACCUUUUUCAGGGCCCACAUGCUCCCAGUUCUCACCCCAGUCCCACGCAAACCCAACUUCCUGACCAUCAGAAUCCGGAACACGCUGUGUCUACGGAGACCGCACUGUUGCGUUUCAAGCUUCAAAAAUAACGCGAUUGAAUGUCGCGUUUGGAAAAAGCCUUACCUCGAAAGAGAAAAAAAAAUCAACGACAAUCACCAAAAUUCACUCUGCCUUAAAAAAAGAUGCUCUUCCAUGGACCAAGAAUCCUUUUUUUGAUAUUUCAAAAAAAUGAACUGCUCUUUGUGUUACUCACACAACAGGACAGUUGACACUCUGGGCGCCAUUGUUCGGUUAUAGCAUCCUAUCAGAAAGGAGCAGCCAUAAUAGGUGCCUUACAUCGCCAACAAACUGAGACGCAAAAUGUGUUGUUAGUUUUAACCUAGUCACAUUUCGUAUCAAUAUUAUUGCAAUCUUUUUUUAAAGUUUCUUUCUUUUUUUAAUAAUGUUUACAGGAAGACAGCUGGAAGCAAAGUCCAAGGAUUGUACUUGUAUUGCCUUUUAUCUCUAUCCUAGGGUCCAUUGAUAAUUAAGCAUGCCUAAUGUCCUUUGUACCAAUAAUGUAUGCCUUAAUCUUGUUUAGAAAUUCUUUGGUAGCUAUUUUGCCGUUUUCCUAUUUCUCUAAGUAACGAAUGAGUCAUGCCAACAAGAGUAAAAACACCAACAUUUAUAUAUUUCUUAACUGUGGUGUAGAUUGUUGAUUCCCGCAGAAAGCACAAGGAGUGUGACACAUCACAUUGCUGAAUUCUGGAUGGAACUUAAAACCAAUCAGAGCUAAGCAGAAGCGUUGUGCUUUCAGAGACAUGAACAGAGACUUUGAGUAGUGAGACGUGUCAGAUUAUGUUAUAACAUCAGAUGUCUGGGCUGAACAAAAAAUAGAUUGUUUGACAAGAGAGUGCUAGAUGGGUAAAUUAACAAAUGGAGCAUUCCAUGUGCUGUCAAUUAUUGACCAGUCUGCUCUUCAGUCUGUUCUCCAUUGAUAGUUCCGCCCAUCUGAGUUCAUAAUUCUGUGCCCUCUGAUCAAAAAAACUUUAAUACUCUACUUCAACAAAGAUCAUCUAAUUUCUUUGGGAAAAUUGUGUUUGUUGAUGUUCCAGGAACAGGUGUCAAAUAUGUGAUCUCGUUCAAUCAUGAAAAAUAUUAUUGGCAUUUUCUAACCAGUAAUUAACAACCGGGCCUUUCCCAGCUUUUGUAUCAGCUUGCUUUGAAAGCUUGGGUCUACAUACCGUGAAUGGAGUAUUUUUUCUGCAGGAUUCCAGAGAUUAUUUGAAAUUGUACACAAGAAAUUAUGCCUGGCCCAGCAUUUUGGUAAGACUAAAUGUAAGUAAGAGUGCAUGUAAAUACAACUGAUAUUUCCUAAUAUAUCUCAAGUUUAUUCUCUGUCAUUUCUUUUUUCCGUCUGAAGGGGAAAAAAGGAAUAAAGCUGGCAAUAAUGGCGUACUUGAUACCAAAGGAUUUUACUUUUGGUGUGGUUAUUGUUCGAGCUUCUUUGGCUAUUAGAAUCUGUAGUAAGUGAUCAAUAGGUAGCCUUGUCAGAGAAUGAAUGCACUUUAGGUAGUAUUUUCAGUCUAUACCGGUUUUGGUGUCCACACAUCUACAUUUUGAGUAUCCAAAGAAAGGAUGUCAAACUGAACAACAAGAUUUCUUCUCAAUGAAGAUCAAAGAUCUUCCACAUCGUUAAGUGUCAUUAUUUGUGCAUUGUAAAUAUCUUUCUCGAGCAUGCAAGCAGUACCAAUGCUAAUUAUAAUUUAGCUUACUAUUACCUUUACAUAGCUAAGUAAAUACAUAGGAAUGACUUUUCCACUCAUAAAGUAUGUGGUAGCAUGAUUAAGUAUGGGAUAGUUAUACUUAGUGCCUUAUCGUUCUUUUCUCAGCUAGACAUGAUUGUAAAUCAAACUCAUAGCCUGGCACACAGUGAAAAUGUAUUUCCUUCUGAAUAUGAAAUAUUUAUGGGGAUUUAAAAGGGCGUUUCAUGUAUACAGUACAUGGUCUUCAAAAAAAAUAUUUAAAAAGCCAUAUUCGUAAUAUUUGCACAUUACUGUGAAGACAAGGAUAUAAUGUGGCUCCAAAUGUGUAUAGGCAUUUUACAAAGAGACUCGUAAUGGUUUUUGUCAGCCUCUGCUUUUUUAUAUUGCUCUCUUUGCCCUUGGCAUGAUCAAGAAAUAGUGGCAUACUCCUCUCUCCGUGGCAGUUAUUAACAGAUAUUAUUAUGUUAUUUUUGAUUCUUCUGACUGUCCUGGGUGAUAUAAUGUGUCAGAGCGCCAUGGCAAAUUUGCCUUGAAGGUUGAAACAAUAUUUUCCAUGUAAAAUAAUCAUAUUGAAUCAAUUACCCCCAUUUUUUAUUUGUCUGUGCAUGUUGAAUGUAUUCCGUAUUUCCUUUCCAUUCCUUGACCAUAUGGCUACGUUUUAGUUUAAGACCUUCAGCAUAUUUCUUUGCCUUUUCCUCUUUUUUUUUCUUUUACCAAUUGACCGUAUAAAACUAGGGAGGAAUUAGGCUUCUCCCUAUAUGCCUAAUAAAUGUUUAAAUAUAAACAGA